AACCGGAAGUGCGUCCCACAAUAUUGCUCCGGGUCAAGCAGAUCGGUGUUGGUGUAGCACAGAGGGUGGAGUAUGGGUUCACCAAGGUAGAUGCUGAGCGUUUUAAGAUUGAGACGAGUGCAAAAACAUGCUCACGUAGUUGUGGAGCUUGAGCCGGUGGGGAAAAAGGAGUUGGAGGAAACCAGCGGAGCAGCGCGCUCUGAACGGCGGCUUAUGGCGGGACUGUCGUACCUGGUGCUCCGCUUUUCGGGAUCCGCGGGUCGGACGUACGGCGUGUUUUCCAAAGGACUAACGAGGACUUUGUUGAUCUUUUUCGAUUUGGCGUGGCGUCUCCGCAUCCGAUUCCCUUAUCUCUACCUCAUCGCUUCCAUGAUGUUCAACGUGCGCUUACAGGUCCACAUUGAGAUACAUUAGCUUCCAUUCAAGAACUUGACUGAAGUGUCAGCAUCUCUGGACCAGAAGACUCCUAUGCUGUUGCUGCUGUGCUGCUGCUUCAGGAGCCAUCCAAAGCCAAAGGAACCCCAGUACUGCAAUCGUUCCCAUGCUGUUUCUCCACAGGAUAGCGCACAGAAUCAUGCCUGGAAAAAUGGGAACCCUGUGGGAUUUUACAGCUGGGCAUCUUACACUGCCGUGGCUUUGGAAUGGAAAUAUUUGGGAAGUGUUCUUUGUGAUAAGAUAAUUUGAAGGUGGAUGCUGGAAAUUUUAGGGAGAUGUUACAGUCCUGGCUCACAUGUAAAAGUGUCCAAUUUUGCUUUUGGGGGAAUGUUUAUUGCCCUUUUUUAAUAGGUCCACUACAGCUCUGAGAUCAGAGAUUCAUUCGAGAGGAGUUCUCAGUGGUGAUAGAGUGAUGCACACCUUCUUUUCACUUAGUUUGUAAAAAGUCGGGGGAGAUUUUUCUGUUGAUUUGGUUAUGUAGCACUUGACUCUCGCACAUUGGCUGCAUGAAACCUCAUGUGCCGAUUACAGGCGGUAAUGACUUGUUCUUGUUUACCACUUUGUUUAAAACAGAGCAUCUCAUGGGACAUGUUUAGUAAAAGUUAACAUUUGAUAGCUGGGCUUUUUUAUUUUAUUUUAUUUAAUUUCUAUUCGCUUUUGCAGCCUACAUAAAGCAGUAGCCUUUAAUUUAUAUUGAGAAAUGUGAUUACUUAAUAAUCGAUUGCUAUUGGCACAUUUUAAAACAAUAAGUCUAGUUUGCAUUUUGGUACAAAAGCAUGCCAGGGGAUUCGUUUUAAUUGUGGAUGCAGAAGAAGAGUCAGGCUAUAGGGUGGCAUGAUAAAGUCACUACCAAUUUACCUCUUGUUGAUAACGUUAGUGCUCUGGUUUUUUUUUUUGUUUGUUUGUUUUUCCCCUUUCUUUCUUUUUUUAUUUAUUAAUAUUUUUACAGAAUGCCACAGAACAAUAAUCCCAUCAUUUUGUCUGAUGGGCUCCACUGUUUUUAUUUUCUGUAAAUUGCAGUCUUUUUGUCCAGCCUGCAAGUCAAUUCAGCUGAUUUUAGACAAUAUGGUACUUUUAAAUGUCUUUCAACUUAAAUAUGACAUGUCCUGUUUGUUUUUUUGUCUGUGCAUUAUUUUAAAUGUGCAGUUAUUUUAAACAGCAAGUAUAAGUAAUGUUAAAACCUGAAAAACAAUAAAAGAAUGAAGAACGA